AUGUCUGCAAAUGACGAUCAAGGACCCCACUCAUUAGGUAACUGGCGCUACCACAUUUUUUGUAACUGUACAGGCUGGAUACGGGUAUUGGACUAUGGCGACCCAGUCGCGUAUAUCAAAGCUAGCAAAACUCGUCGGACGAUUCCGACACCUGCCGAAUCCGCGGUGGUUGAGGAGCUGAACAAUGACAUUUGUACUAUCCGAAAAGCCAAGGACGGGGCUCAGUUGAAGGUGUCGGGAGAAGAGGUAAUGCAUCCGGUGGCGAAGCGCGGAAUAAAGUUUGGCAACCAUGAAGGCAGUCAUGCAAUUCAUUUGUUUCAUUUGGAAGACCUGAGCUUGGCGAUACCCAUUUUGAUAGAUCGGCUGGAGGCGGGGAAGCCGAUGACGUGGAUUGGUGACCAGAAUAUGGUGAGUUUGAGUAGCAAAUCGCGAUCGCAUAAUGAAUGGCCGGUUUUUGGGCCUCAGGACUUCUUACCAUCGGAUUCAAGAGGAAGCAUAUCUCGGCUGGCGAGAACGGUGGAGAGCCAGGGUCGAGAGUCGAACAUGAUUAUAUUGUCUGGUGAUGGUGACCACGUGCAACAGAUGCUGGAGUUUCUGGCAGAGUGGGGCCGGUUAAUCGACCAGCCGGGAGAGAAGGAGUUGUAUGAGCAUUUGUGCAACGUGUUGCAUUCUGUGUGUUGUGAUGAUAUGCUGAAUACACGUGUUGGACUUGAUCUAUCAAUUCAAAUGGCAGUGGAGCGAACACAUUUGGAGGAAUAUUUGGGUGGAGAAGGAGAAGACUUGAUUGCCAAGUAUUUGCAGUGGAGGCAGUCGAAGCCGAAGUUGGUUGUUACAUCGUUGCAACUGGAGUGUUGGACAUUGCAGUCGGCCAAUUGGUGUCAGGGCUUCUCGAACAAUCUAUUAAAUCGCAGCGUCUUCAAGAGUUCACAGGGCCCCCCUAGAGUCGACUACGGCCAGAAGCUGUCGGUCUUGUGGACGGCGACGGUCACUCGGGGUUUGCGCGAGGGUAUUUUGAGUAGGAUCGAGGAGCACCAUGGUGUGAGUUCGUUGUUGGUGGCUAAGUUUGUUCGUGCUAUGGGUUUGAGCAGCCUGUUAGCGGACGGUUAUGCAACGUGGCAUAUGCGGCGGAAAGCGAUGGAUAUCUCGCCGAUUUUUGACUGGUUUGGUUCGGUGAUAUUUUUGGAGUUCGAUGAGGAGGACAUUACGCGUGUUUUGAAGUAUGCGUUGGCGGCGGAGUUGUUUGACGUGGCCAUUCGACUGAUGUUGUGUGUGUCGGAUCGACGUGAGAGUCCGUCGAACAAAUCUGCUCCGUACCUACAGCAGGCAUUGCAGUUGUUGUAUGAGAACUUAGCGAUUUGCGAGAGGUGGCGUUCGAUCAUUACGAACAACCCAUAUUGGUUAUUUAGUUUGCAGGACUUGUGUUGGCGGCGCAUGGUGGACGUGGCAGUGGCGCACGUGAAUGGGCACGUCUUCGACUUGAUGCGGAACGCGGACGUGGCGGGUGCCAGUACGCGAUCGCUGAAGAUCGUCAUCUUUCCGUGUCCGACUGCGCACCACGUGGUGGGAGUGCGUGAGGACAACCCGACGGAGUACGAGCGGCAGUUGCUCCAGAACUACCCGGUGCACAUUCCCCAUCUGUCGUCGAUUAUUUCGGACUACCAGAACAUUCGUUUGAACACGCUGCUGACGGACAUUUUCGUGGAGUUGGACCGGCAGUUGUUUCAGGCUCAGUGCCUGCAGUAUCCGCCGCUCCAGGCGGGGCUGCAGUUGGACCGCGUCCACGGGGAGGAGUUUCGGCGCGAAGGUGGCUUCAUCGAUUUGUUGGAUGAAUGUACUCGGCGAUUGUCGCACGUGCGUGCGGCGGACGAGUUCGACGCUACGGUUUUGAGCGAGGCGAAACGCUUGUCAGUCUUAUUGGCCGCACGGCGGGAACGUGUGGCGCACAUUUUGCAGCCGCUGGACCGAACGCAACGUGCGGAUGUAUAUUUGAACGAGGUGCUCGAUAAGACCGUACUGCUGCCGACAUAUCGCGAGUUGGGUCAGUUGGCAAGUUGGGACACGCCAGCGAAACAGUGGCGCGACUUGUGGAACAUCCAUCCUGCGGAGUUCCAGAGACGUUCUGAACAAGUGCGGCAGAGUCGCCAGUCGUUACGUUUCAACCCGCGGAUGCUCAACGCGGAGAUUGAGACUGUCAUUUUGGAAGAAAGCAAGGUCCAUGCUCGUCUCCGUACCUUCCAGCGGUUCUACUUUGCCGGCCGGGCACCCAUUGCGGGCACUCUCGACCUACGACUCCUCGUCCGCGACCUACUCGUCGCUAACCCCUACAUGCUCCACGUCGUCCAGAAACGGCGUUUCCAACACAAAAUUGACCGUGGCAGCAAACGAGAGUCUCGCCUCACCCUCUGGUACCAUGGCAAGGAUCCCGUGAGCCCCCAAGUCGCACCCGCCCGCGGCUCCCGAACCUCUCUACUAGACGCCGCCGCAGGAGCGGGGUCGCAACCGGGGGCAGGAAGGGGGUCGCUGCCGGGGGCGGGGUCGCAACUCGGACCGGGCGGGUCGCAACUCGGACCGGGCGGGUCGCAACUGGGACAGGGCGGGUCGCAGGCCCUCGUUCUGCCCCCGCCGCCUACGCCGGAAGCCAAGGCCGGCGCCCCCCGGUCGCUGGAGAAACUGCAACUCGACCGCACCGGCACCCCCAUCGAUCUCAAGAGCCCGACGACCAAACAUUCCGGCAUCCCAGGCUCCAGCGGCUCCUCCGCCGCGUCACCCGUCAGCCCCAACGACCAGGGCAGCUCGGCCCCGGGAAGUAGCGGCCAGGGAAGUCCCGGCCGGGCAAGUAGUGGCCAGGGAAGCUUUGUUCGGGGAAGUGGUGACCAGGGAAGGCCCAGCGCCUCCGACCGGAGCAAGAUGAGCUUGCUGGAGUUCUCGAGCGAUCGCUCGGACAGUUCCAGCUCUCGCGACGGACCGGCCUGGCCGGCGCUCUCCUUCUCCGGCGCGCUCGACAUCUUUUACGGCUCCGCCUCCGCCUCCGGCUCC